AUGGGAAUGCUUGCAGACGCAGAAGGAGCACAGGAGACAGAUGAGGAAUUUCGGAGCAGGUACCCUGUCCAGGGCUUCAAUAAUCCCAGCCUCAAUGGGAUCUAUGUACAGCGGACAUCAGCAGAGGCACAGGUGAAUGAGACCUGCACCUACUGGAAAGAAACCCAGGAUGCCUCUGAUGCCUACUUCAUGUACUGGAGCGACCAGAUGGGAAGGUGGGUGAUUUGUCCGCAUUUCGAUUCGGCCUCCCAAGAGGACCUCUUCAACGCCGUCAGGCAAGGGGAUGUGCGUGGUGUUGCGAAGGCUGGAACGGACGAGGACGAGCCGAACACGUGGGAGGAGUUCUGGCAAGGAAACUGGGAACGUGUGGCUCUGCGCACUGGCCAUGACAUGGGAGAUGAGGAUAGUGCUGCGCCUGUGAAGGGGACCAGCAGCCAAAUAGAAACUUCUCCUUCCAAGGCUGGCUCCGCGCUACUCGCGCUGGAGUUCACGCCGGAUGCUCCAGCUGGGCAGCUGGAGGUUAUCGCUCACCAUGAGCUUGCCGAGACACAGACCCCUGCUGCAGCCUUGCCAGGAAAGGGUGAGGCAGCAGCAGCAGCAGCAGCAGCAGCAGCAGCAGCUGCCUUGCAAAGCAAGGGCAGGGGUCCAGCUUUGCCAGGAAAGGGGAGAGGGCCGCGUGUGCCACAAACCCCUGCUGCAGCGCUGCAGAGAAAGGGUGGAGCAGCACCUGUGCCGCAGACCUUUAGAGGAUGCAUUGCGGCAGAACCCACGGUGAUUCCCGUGGACACGGAUGAACAGGUUAGCAGCCCCAGUGAGGCGGUUCCUGCAGGGGCACCUGGCGAGGUUAGCAGCACCAGGGCUAUUAAGAUUCCUGUCACAGCAGAAUCACAUGAGUCUGCGCCGAAAGAGGCAGAGAAACAACUGGAGGUUAGCAGCACCAGGGAGAUUGCGAUUCGUGCAGGGGCACCUGGCGAGG